AAGCUUUGUAGGGGAGUGAAGUUGGCAUUAACAAGUUUGCUUAUCUGUUUGUGAUUGGUUGGUGAGGGGACCCUUUUGAGACUGGACAGCUGGCCCAGGCUUGUCUUCCCAGGAGCUUUGUGGCUGGCCGUUGGCAUGCUCAGAAUGACGAAGUGUGGGCCAGACCAAGGGGGCUUGUUGGAUGGAGGGGAGGCGGUGACCUUCGAGGAUGUGGCUGUGAACUUCUACAGGGAGGAGUGGGCCUUGCUGGAUCCGUCCCAGAAGAAGCUGUACAGAGACGUGAUGUGGGAGACCUUUAGGAACCUGGCUGCCGUAGGGAGGAGCUCGGAUGACCAGCACCUUGACGAUAAGGACAGGAAAUGCGGGAAGCAGCUCAGAAGUGAAGAGGCAGAGCAGUCCUGUGAGUAUGAAUUAUGGUGUCAACGUGGAGAAAUGGGGUCUCAGCCUCCUGACACAAAUGCACACGUGACAGGUGUUGGCAUAAACCGAGCUGAAAGCCUUUGUUCUAGAAGGAUCCUGGCUGGUCAUUUGUCCGCACUUGGGCCCAUGAUGGCCGACACUGCACUCAGACCAUCUGAGCAGGAGAGGUUUCAAGAGAAGCUCUCUCCCUGUAAGAAAGCUGGCAAAGCCUGCGCCGACCUGCAGUCCUUUCAGGAACAUUCAAACGUGGGUUCUGAGGAACAGCCCCACGAGUUUAUGCCAUGUGCAGACUUGUACUCUGAUUACACUGCAGAAAGUACCACUGCAGAGCAGCAGGCUGUCGAUGCAUUCAGUAAAACCAGUGAUGCUGAGGUCUGGGGACGGUGUCACCGUGAAGUACAUACAGACUCAUGUGUGCCAUACGGAACAAGUUUUAAUUCUCCUUUCCAUAUUCCAGCACAUGAAAAAGCUCAAGUUAGAGAAAAAACUCCUGUGUAUGAACACAAUGAAAAAUCCCUCACUGUUAAUUCAUUGGGUGAUCUCAAAAGAAUUCACAUUGAGGAGAAACUCUCUGUAUGUAAGCAGUGUGGGAAGGCUUUCAGAACAAACAGCAUAUAUGAAGCUCAUGAAAGCACUUGCCUUGGGGAGAAACCCUAUGUAUGCAAACAACUUGGGAAAGAUUUCAGCAGACAUGGUAUGUGUCAAAGGCAUGAAGUGACUGACAACAGGGAAAAACCAUACGCAUGCACGCAAUGUGGCAAAGCUUUCAGCAGAAAAGACAGUUGGCGAAUUCAUGAACGAACUCACACUGGGGAGAAACCCUACGCAUGCAGGCAGUGCGGCAAAGCUUUCAGAGUACAUCGUAGUUAUCAAAUUCAUGAAAAGGCACACAGUGGGCAGAAACCCUAUGUGUGUAAGCAGUGUGGGAAAGCGUUCAUAACACAUUACGGUUGUCAAAGACAUGAAAGAAUUCAUACUGGCAAGAAGCCCUAUGCAUGUAAGCUGUGUGGCAAAGCUUUUAUCACACCUGGCAAUUGUCAAAGGCAUGAACGGACUCACACAGGGGAGAAACCCUAUGCAUGUAAGCAGUGCGGCAAAGCUUUCCGUGUGUAUCGUACUUGUCAGAUUCAUGAACAGGCACACACUGGGGAGAAACCCUACGCAUGUAAGCAGUGUGGGAAAACUUUCACAACACGAGGUAACUGUCAGAUACACGAAAGAAUUCAUACUGGGGAGAAACCCUAUGCAUGUAGGCACUGUGGCAAAACUUUCAGAGAAUAUCGUACGUGUCAAAUUCAUGAAAUGUCACACACUGGUGAGAAGCCCUAUGUGUGUAAGCAAUGUGGGAAAGCUUUCGUGACAUACUAUAGAUGUCAAAGACAUGAAAGAAUCCACAGUGGGGAGAAACCUUAUGCAUGUCAGCAAUGUGGCAAAGCUUUCUUUACGCGUGGCCAGUGUCAGACGCAUGAACGGACUCAUACUGAAGCAAGCCCUUGUGCAUGUGGGCAGUGUGGCACAGCUUUCAGUGAACAUGCUUGCCAGAGGCAUAAAGAGGCACACACUGAGAACAAACCCUUUGUGUGUAAGCAUUGUGGCAAAGCGUUCAGUGGAAAGUAUAGUUGGCAAAUUCAUGAACGGUUGCACACUGGAGAGAAACCCUAUGUGUGUAACUAUUGUGGAAAAGCCUUUGUCACGCGCACAGUUUGUAAAAGACAUGAAAGGACUCACACUGGGGAGAAACCCUACACAUGUGGGCAAUGUGGGAAAGCUUUCUGCAGCAAAGUAGGAUGGCAAGUACAUGAAAGGAUGCAUACUGGGGAGAAACCCUUUGCGUGUAAGUACUGUGGCAAAGCUUUCGGUUUACAUCGUACUUGUCAAAUUCACGAACAGGCCCACACUGGGGAGAAACCCUAUGCAUGCAAGCAAUGUGGGAAAGCUUUCAGUAGAAAAGACAGUAGGCAAAUUCAUGAACGGACUCACACUGGAGAAAGACCCUAUGUAUGUGCUCAGUGUGGGAAAGCUUUCAGCAGCAAAGUAGGUUGGCAAGGACAUGCAAGGACUCACACUGGGGAGAAGCCCUACAUGUGUGUGCAAUGUGGGAAAGCUUUCAGCAGCAAAGUGGGAUGGCAAGGACAUGCAAGGACUCACACUGGGGAAAAGCCCUACGCAUGUAGGCAGUGUGGGAAAGCUUUGAGCAGCAAACUAGGUUGGCAAAGACAUGAAAGGACUCACACUGGUGAGAAACCCUACACAUGUGCACAAUGUGGGAAAGCUUUCAGGAGCAAACUAGGUUGGCAAGGACAUGAAAGGAAUCACUUUGCGGGGAAGCCCUAUACAUGUUAGCAGUGUGGACAAGCUUUCCUAACACAGUUGUGAAAGACAUGAAAGAAUUCACACUGUCAAGAAACUGCAUGUAAGCAGUGUAGACAAGCUUUCUUCACACAUUGUGCUUGUCAAAGGUGUGAAGGGGCUGAACUCAUAGCUCAGCAGACUGAAGCACCA